AUGGAGCUGUUAACCACUUUGUUCCAGGAUAUGGUGAAUGCUUGCUAUAAGAAUAAAUUCAGGGGCUUUGAUCCUUGGUCUCACAGCCUUCUGUUCGGCUUUUGCUCUUGGCGGGGCCUAUUCGGCCCGGGACUGGCCGAACUACCAGUACAGCUUGGAUCAGAGAGGCGGGAUUUCCUGCCGGAUGGGGGGCAUGCGGGCGAUCUUGAGCUUGGCCCCGGAAGCGGGGGCAAGAGCAGGAGCAAAGAAGGGCUUUCUGGAGCAAGACCCCGGUCAGGGCAGCUCUCUGCCUCGCUGUGGGGCAGUUCCUGCCAUCUCCUCCUCUUGCGGGCGGGGUGGGGGCGCCCCCCUGCCGUGUGGCGGGACCGUAGCGAGUCACUUUUUGCUGCCGGGGGGUGCGCGGAAUCUUUCGCGUCCAGCCUUUGGUCACCCAACACAGCCACUUGCUGUGGGAACAGCUUAUCUCCGACCUCGCACCGCCUGGUUAGCCUGGAAGAACAGAUUGGCAUGUAUACAUUGUACAGCAAGAACAAGCUACUAUUGGAUGCCUUCCUAAUCAGCCAUAGAAAUGACAUCUUUAAAAAUAAGUAUGCACUUCUGCUGGAGGAUAUGAUCACGGAGUGCACAAAAGCCCAGGAGCAGGAGCUCAGUGAUCUGACAGCUACUGAGGCGAUGGUGAAAUUCCAACUACACCUGGAAAUGAUCUGCUUGCUAUGGAUGAUAUUCAAGGAUGAGAUAGUCAAGAUCUUGAGCAUCAAUAGCAAUGUCUGUCUUUGACCAUUCCAUACCACUAAGGAGACCACAUUCUAUCACUAGUAGUAGCACAUCUUCCUCAAGCAACCAGACAUCAUUAUCCAUUGUAGGUUCAUUGAGUUUGCAUGUCUGCUCCAGCCUAUCACAUUCAGGGUUCUUAGGCCUACCCUUCUACCACUGGUCAUAUGAUAUUUGCACCUGCAUUGAGGAAGAUGAACUGGAGCAAGAAACAGGAAGUCAACCUUCAAUGAGUAAAUGGAUUUCAGCAUUGGCUGAAGAGGAUAUUUUUACUUGCUUGUUACUUGGAAGGAGAGACUGCCACCCACCUGGCUACAACCUCCUUUCAGGUAGUUGUAGAGACCGAUAACAUCUCCACUCAGCCUCCUUUUCUCCAAGCUAAACAACCCCAGUUCCCUCAGUCGCUUCUCACAGGACUUGUUCUCUAGACCCUUCACCAGCUUCAUUGCUCUUCUUUGGACACAUGCAUUUUAAUGACAGUGUUUCGUCAAUGUACUGUGUGGUGUCGGACAGGUAAAUACCGAAAGUCCAGAGGCAUUGUCUUUCACAUUAUUAACAUUCAUUUAUAUCAUCUUUGGGGGUUUAUGUUCAGUUUGGGACAAAAAUAGUCUUAAGAUUUUGGAAACCAGGUGUUUACUUUCUUCUGUUGUGUUGUUGGAGUUCAUGCUGUGCAUUACAGUGCAUUUCACUUUUUGUGUGCUGUUAUUCCUCUUCUUAGUCACAGAGAGUUUGGAGUAAUCUCAGUGCACUUCAGGUGAAAGUGUGAGUGGUUUUAGUAUUUCUGCCGAUUCUGAGUUGUCACAGCUUACUACAGAGACAUUUUUGAAUUAAGAUGUUUCAAGUGCUAGUUCUAAAUAUUUCUCACAGUGCAGAUUCUUCUCCACGAGAAGAAUCACAGAUCAAAGUGCAACAUGUUACACCUGUAAGUACUGUUACUGGCAAAAAGCCAGUCAAUUUUUAUUUUGCAUAUCUUUGUCAUCUUAGAAAAAUGCAAUAUUGACCUAAUGCUGAGGUCUCUUGAAGAUCCAGCUCCUGUGGACGUCAAACUGCUCUCCAUGGGAUGAGUAACUAAAUUAAACCGUCAGUUGCCUACCUGCCGUAUUUUGAUUUCUUUUGUGUUGCAAAAUUGCCAUGUUUUGCUUUGUGUUGCAAUGGUGACGUAACUGGUAAGUAUGGCAGGCUUUGGCUUGUAGCAUCUUACCCCAUACAGUGUUAUUUUACUCUUCUGUGUUUGAUGCAUUUAAAAAUCCAUCUUUUAGAAUCAAUUUGGGAGAAACUAGAAAUAUUAGUCCCACAUGCACAGUUGUCAAAUGAUUUAUUUCCUAACUUAAUUUACUUAAAGCAAUUCACUGAUUUAAAUUUCUGCCUUCAGUUAUACUUUUAUUGAGUGACUUGCUUGAGUAAAAAAAUAGAUUCUAUCUCACAUUAACUCAUGGUGUAGUUCAUUACAUGAGUGCCAACAUUUUUCUUUAAGUUAUUUUAUUGUCUCUGUUGUACAAUGCUGUGCUGCUUUUUUCUGGCAGUGGUGAUAUACAUCUUUCAGUAAGACUUCUCAUGACAGAAGUCCAAGCCCAGUGCGAGGAUGGCAGAGUCUGGCCUCAUGAGUUUGGUUUAAACAGUUGAGAUAGCAUUACAGGAAUAAAUCACAUCCAUACUGAUUGUAAUUCAGCAGAGCUUUUGAGAUGAUAGGGUGUCUUCUGGCUGAAACAAAAUUUUUUUAUAGCAGUGUGCUUGGUUCUCUCAGACAGACUUUUCAGAUCUGGAGACUUUAUGAGACUUUAUGACUUUACCUUUUGUAAGGGUAGUCUGGUGGAAAGCUUAUGUGGACCUCCUUCUUGUAAGUUGUUUUCUUAUUUCAACUUGAAUGGUCAGCAUUUCUCAGAGCACUGUCACUUUCAUGCAGCAGCUAGCUUAUAAGAAUAUGAAAUGAUGUAGUAUCAUGGAUUAAGCCCAUUCUCUGACAUAAAGCAGAGCAAUGCAUUUUUACCUGUGCUUUGUGAUUCAUGCGUAUUAGGUAUGUACAGACAGAUGUUUCCAGUACUUCAUUUUAAACACUGAUGUUUGUACCAAUGCAAUAAUCAAACAGAAAAUGUGCAAAUACACUUCUGACUUAAUACCCUUUUGAACUGGAUCAGAUUGCUUAAGUUAUGGAAGGUUGCGAGACUCUCUGGGUAUAUGGAAGGCUGAGUUGGCCACAUGGGUAUUAGUCUGUCACUGUGAGGCAAAUAAAACCUCUACCACUGCUCUGUUUAAUUCUCUUGCUUCCCAUGCUCAUUAGCAACCUUUGUCAUCUCUGAGUUACCUAUAGAUAGCAUCAUAAUGAGAUGUUUCAUUGUGAUAGUUUUCAGAGAAUUAGGCAUGAGCUGUCUCCAUCCUUCUGACUGUGGGGACCAACAAGUACAACUCCAGGCUAUAUUUCAUGUAGGGUGGGUUACAAACACAACCCUUUUUUUGUGCAAAGAUAGUAGCUUGCUGAGAAAGGGAAUACAUGGAAUUUUCUUGCAUAGACAGAAAAAUGUAUUGAUCACUUCAGGCUUAAACUGUUUGUAAAGCAUUAAAAACCUUAAACUAAACUGCAAAAUAUCCUCACCCAAAAUAUAAAAUUUGAAAAAAAAAAAAAAUUGAAAUGAAACAAUUUUAGAAUAGUUUGGGUAGGAAGGGACCUUUAAAGGUCAUCUAGUCCAACCCCCCUGCAAUAAGCAGGGAC